GUUUUUUAAACCUUCCUUUCAUCCAUUGAAGACAGCAACACGCCGCUAAACAAGUAAAAUUACUUUAAUUGUUAAAAUGGUCAAAACCCGAAAAACUCAAAUGGAGACUGAACAGCUGAUGGAUCUGUCAGAGGAGAGCAGAGACAGUAUCCAGUCAAAGGAUCUUUGCUUCAGAUCCACAUUUAUUACAGACGAGUUAGCUCAGAUCUUCAUGGACACGGACAGCGAGGAAGAAUUUGAGGGUUUCGCAGACGAGUCUGACCAGAGGAAAACUGUGACUGGGGGGUCUGAGGAAGACAGCGAUGACAUCGGCUUUUAUUCCGAAGGGGAGGAGCCGGAACCUAAAAAGAAUCGCAGCUCUGGACUGUGUGUGGCGUUUAAGUUUCCUAGCAAGAGAAACUCCGCCCCUAAACGGCAUGCAGCCAAACAAGGCAUCAGAGAGGCCACGCCCACAGCCCCUCCCACCCUUACACAGCCUGGGGGGAGAAACGGGAAGCGCGGUCGAAGGCAAUCGAAAGAGCCGGUUUUAUGUGAUAUUAUAAAGAGCCAAUCCAAACCCUCGGAUCACUUGACCAGUGUUGAGAGUCUGCUGACGGAUGAAGAGAUGCAAAUAUUGAGCAAAAGGGCAAAGAACAUCGAAGAAAACAAAGCAAUGCUUGCAAAACUGUUUGCAGACUUGUCAUCUUUGCCUGACCUUUCCUCUAAAACAACUCCCACAAAAAAGAAAUCAUCCACGUCAAAACGUCGUUUCUCAGAGGUGCAGAGUGGGAGACGGAACCCGAGCCGUAAGGCGAGACCCCCGGAGCAUUUCGGGUUGGAGAUGGUUGAGAAAACAGAACCUCAAAAGAGAGAGGGCGGCAAAAUUGACAUCCAGCGUCUGAUGGGGGUUAAUGAAGGUCAGCGAGACGUGAGGCCCAAACAGAGAAAGCGUCGGUCACGCGAGUUCCUUCGUAUGCCAGAGGACAUCACCCAAGAAGAACUGGAUAACGUCGCCGAUCGCGCAAAAGACAAGAUCCUCGAUAAAGAAAAUGGCAGCACGUGUCAUCAGUGUCGUCAGAAGACCCUCGACUCGAAGACAGAAUGCAGGGGUUUGUACUGCCAGGGGGUCAAAGGUCAGUUUUGUGGCCCCUGUUUACGCAACCGUUACGGGGAAGACGUCCGCGAGGCGCUGCUGGAUCCCACGUGGGUGUGUCCCAUCUGUCGUGGUGUGUGUAACUGCAGUCUGUGCAGGAAGCGUGAUGGACGCUGUGCUACGGGCGCUCUCACAAACCUAGCCAAAUUCUACGGCCACAGCAACGUAAAGGAGUAUUUAGAAAGUCUACAGAAGGAUGUGGAGUGAAGACGGAGCGUCUAGCACUUGUGAUCAAAACUGAUACUGAACCACUUCUGAUAUUUUACUUUUGACACUUUUUAAGCAUGUGUUUUAAGAACAGAUAUGCAAAUCACUAGUGUAUUUCUGUACGUCCUGAUUUAAUACUGUACUUUGAUUUUAAAUAAACCAUUCAGACGAUUCACACAUGCCAUGCAAGCAUAUAAAACAUGUUUCUGACUGAAAAGCGUUCUGUCAUUUGCACAUUUGUUGUCGUUUUAAU